CGCCCCGGGGCGGGUCCUGCCGGGCCGCCCGGGCCGCGCCGGCCCCUGCCGAGCUGGCAGCGCUGCGCGCCCCGCCCCGCUGCCUCCUCGGUUCCGGCGCUGGCGGCGGGAAUGGCGGCGCUGAGCCUCACCGUGGACGCGGGCCGUCCCCCGCUCGGAGCUCUGCUGACGGUGGAGCAUGUGAAGAAUGAUGUUGAAAUUUCAGUGCAAGAAGGCAAAGAAACCAUCCUCUCUGUGUCCGAGCAGGUUUCAUUCACUGAUGUGAAUUCAAUAGCUCGGUACCUGGCUCGAGUUGCUGCCUCUGCUGGGUUGUACGGCUCGAAUCUGUUGGAACACACUGAGAUUGACCAUUGGCUGGAGUUUAGUGCUACAAAGUUAUCCACUGCCAGCCAGUUCCCUUCAGCCAUCCAAGAACUCAACCACUGCCUGUCUCUAAGGACCUACUUGGUGGGAAACUCUCUGAGUCUUGCAGACUUGUGUGUCUGGGCUGUACUAAAAGGUAAUAGCACAUGGCAAGAGCAGUUGGAGCAAAACCAAGCUCCUGUGCACGCGAAGCGAUGGUACAGCUUCCUUGAGGUCCAACGCGCUUUCCAGUCAGUGGGAGCCAAGUGGGCUGCUGGUACACCAAAGGUUAAAAUGGCAACAGAAAAAGAAAAGAAAGCAGAUGUUGGGAAGUUUGUUGAACUUCCUGGAGCAGAGAUGGGAAAGGUCAUUGUGAGGUUUCCUCCUGAAGCAAGUGGGUAUCUGCAUAUUGGUCAUGCCAAAGCUGCCCUGCUAAAUCAGCACUACCAAGUUAACUUUAAAGGAAAACUUAUUAUGAGAUUUGAUGACACAAAUCCGGAAAAGGAGAAAGAAGACUUUGAAAAGGUUAUUCUUGAAGACGUGGCCAUGCUGCACAUCAAACCAGAUCAAUUUACAUAUACCUCAGAUCACUUUGAAACAAUAAUGAAAUAUGCUGAGAAGCUCAUUCAAGAAGGGAAAGCAUAUGUGGAUGAUACUCCUGCAGAACAAAUGAAAGCAGAGCGUGAGCAAAGGGUGGAAUCUAAACACAGAAAUAACUGUGUUAAUAAGAAUCUACAAAUGUGGGAAGAAAUGAAAAAGGGAACAGAAUAUGGACAAACGUGUUGUCUACGAGCAAAAAUAGAUAUGAGUAGUAAUAAUGGAUGCAUGAGGGAUCCAACUCUUUAUCGUUGUAAAAACCAGCCUCACCCUCGGACUGGAAGUACCUACAAGGUUUAUCCCACGUACGACUUUGCCUGCCCCAUUGUUGAUAGUAUUGAAGGUGUCACGCAUGCACUGAGGACAACUGAAUACCAUGACAGAGAUGAACAGUUCUACUGGAUUAUUGAGGCUCUGGGCAUAAGGAAACCGUAUAUAUGGGAGUAUAGCAGGCUAAACCUCAACAACACUGUGCUCUCCAAGAGAAAGCUCACGUGGUUUGUCAACGAAGGCCUUGUGGAUGGAUGGGAUGACCCAAGAUUUCCCACUGUACGUGGUGUCCUGAGAAGAGGCAUGACAGUUGAAGGGCUGAAGCAAUUUAUUGCUGCUCAGGGCUCGUCUCGAUCUGUUGUGAAUAUGGAGUGGGAUAAAAUCUGGUCCUUUAACAAAAAGGUUAUAGACCCAGUAGCACCUCGGUACACUGCUUUACUGAAAGAUGCAGUGGUCCCAGUAAAUAUUCCUGAAGCUCAAGAGGAGAUGAAAGAAGUGGCUAAACAUCCAAAGAAUGCUGACGUUGGGCUGAAGCCUGUGUGGUACAGCUCCAGAGUCCUCAUCGAGGGCGCGGAUGCAGAGACCCUGCAGGAGGGAGAGGUGGUUACCUUCAUAAACUGGGGCAAUGUCAUCAUCACCAAAUUGAACAGAAAUUCAAGUGGAAAAAUUGUGUCCAUCAAUGCCAAGUUGAACUUAGAUAAUAAGGACUUCAAAAAAACCACUAAGAUCACUUGGUUGGCAGAAACUCCACGUGCACCCCUCAUCCCAACUGUCUGUGUUAAUUAUGAGCAUCUGAUCACUAAGCCUGUUCUAGGUAAAGAUGAAGACUUCAAGCAAUAUAUCAACCGAAACAGCAAGCAAGAAGAACUGAUGCUGGGUGAUCCGUGCCUUAAGGAGUUAAAAAAAGGAGAUAUCAUACAGCUUCAGAGGAGAGGAUUCUUUAUUUGUGAUCAGCCCUAUGAGCCAGUGAGUCCUUACAGCUGUAAAGACGCCCCAUGCAUUUUGAUUUACAUCCCUGAUGGACACACUAAAGAAAUGCCAACAUCUGGAUCGAAAGAGAAGACCAAAGCUGAAACUGCAAAGAAAGAGGCUAGUUCAGCUGUAAAAGGAAAAUCUGCUCCAGUUACUGGUCAUGCCUCUACUCCAGCCUGUGCUGGAUCUGAAGAUCACCUGAUCAUCUACAACAAGGUGGCUGCACAGGGUGAUGUAGUUCGGGACUUGAAGGCUAAGAAGGCAGCAAAGGAAGAGAUUGAUAAAGCUGUGAAACAACUGCUGGCCUUGAAAGCAGAAUACAAAGAGAAGACAGGCCAGGAGUAUAAGCCAGGAAAUCCUCCAGUAUCUGGAACUGCACAAUCAAAGCUUGAGACCUCUGGUACCGUGGACAGUAAAGCUCUGUAUGAUAAAGUAGCAGAACAAGGAGAAGUGGUUCGAAAACUGAAAGCUGAGAAAGCAUCUAAGGAUCAAAUAGAUGAAGCUGUCAAACUCCUCCUUUCUCUGAAAGCUGACUACAAGGAGAAGACUGGGCAGGAGUACAAGCCAGGACACCCACCAGCAGCUCAGGGGGCUUUGCCCCAGACAUCAAACACAGAACCCAGUGGUCCAGACACUCCUGAAGCUAAAGCCCUGUUUAGCAAAGUAGCUCUUCAAGGAGAUGAAGUUAGGAAAUUAAAAGCAGAAAAAGCAGACAAGGAAAAGAUAGAUGUGGCUGUUAAAGAACUUCUUCAGUUGAAGGCCCAGUAUAAGUCUGUUGCAGGAGUUGACUAUAAACCAGUGUCUGCUAGUGGUGUUGAUGACAAAGACAAAAAGAAGAAGGAGAAAGAGAACAAGUCUGAAAAGCAGAGUAAGCAACAGAAGCAAAAUGAUGGCCCCAAAAAAGAACCUUUGCAAGGACAGAGUGGUAAUGAGCGUUCCUCAAAUGGAUCAGGAGAGGGCCAAGGCCCUAAGAAACAAACCAGGCUGGGUCUAGAAGCUAAAAAAGAAGAAAAUCUUUCAGAGUGGUUCUCUCAGGUGAUCACAAAAUCAGAGAUGAUUGAAUACUACGAUGUGAGUGGCUGUUACAUUCUUCGUCCUUGGGCUCACGCUAUUUGGGAAGCCAUCAAAGACUUCUUCGAUGCAGAGAUCAAGAAACUUGGAGUGGAAAACUGCUACUUCCCCAUGUUUGUGUCCCAGGCUGCCCUGGAGACAGAGAAGUCUCAUAUUGCUGACUUUGCUCCUGAGGUGGCUUGGGUCACAAGAUCUGGGAAGACAGAACUGGCUGAACCAAUUGCUAUACGUCCCACAAGUGAAACUGUCAUGUAUCCUUCCUAUGCAAAGUGGGUGCAGUCACACAGGGAUCUUCCUAUCAAGCUCAAUCAGUGGUGCAGUGUUGUGCGCUGGGAGUUCAAACAUCCCCAGCCUUUCCUUCGCACUCGUGAGUUCCUCUGGCAAGAGGGUCACACAGCAUUUGCAACAUAUGAAGAAGCAGCAGAGGAGGUGCUGCAGAUUCUUGAUCUCUAUGCUCGGGUGUAUGAGGAUCUCUUGGCAAUACCUGUUGUGAAAGGAAGGAAGACAGAGAAGGAGAAGUUUGCUGGGGGGGAUUAUACAACCACUUUAGAGGCAUUUAUAUCUGCCAGUGGAAGAGCUAUCCAGGGAGCAACAUCACAUCAUCUAGGGCAGAAUUUCUCAAAGAUGUUUGAAAUUGUGUUUGAAGAUCCCAAGAAGCCAGGAGAAAAACAGUUUGCUUAUCAGAAUUCCUGGGGCAUUACGACUCGGACUAUUGGUGUAAUGACAAUGAUUCAUGGAGAUAACAUGGGAUUGGUACUCCCACCUCGUGUAGCCUGUAUUCAGGUUGUAAUUAUUCCGUGUGGUAUCACAAACUCCCUUUCUGAAGAGGACAGAGAGGCUCUGUUGAGGAAAUGUAACGAGUAUCGUAGCAGGCUGCUUGCUGUCAGCAUCCGUGUCCGUGCUGACUUAAGAGACAACUACUCACCUGGCUGGAAGUUCAACCACUGGGAGCUAAAGGGUGUCCCAGUCAGGGUUGAAGUUGGACCACGAGACAUGAAGAGCCAGCAGUUUGUAGCUGUUAGAAGAGACACAGGGCAGAAGCUGACAUUGUCUGAACAUGAAGCAGAAGAGAAACUUAAGCAGAUCUUGGAGGAGAUCCAUGCAAACCUUUACAGCAGAGCAUCUGAGGACCUAAAAAGUCAUAUGGUGGUGGCCAGUAAUAUGGAGGACUUUCAAAAAGAGCUUGAUUCAGGAAAGAUUGUACAAAUCCCUUUCUGUGGGGAAAUUGAGUGCGAGGAUUGGAUCAAGAAGACCACUGCCAGGGAUCAAGAUCUUGAGCCUGGUGCCCCAUCCAUGGGAGCAAAAAGCCUCUGCAUACCUUUCCAGCCUCUCCGUGAACUCCAGCCUGGAGCAAGAUGUGUGUGCGGCAAAAACCCUGCCAAGUUCUACACCCUCUUUGGUCGUAGCUACUAAAUCACUAGUGAAAGAACCUUCUCCUUUAUCUGUGAAUUGAACUUUUUUUAAUAAGACUGAAUUAGCCCCUUAAACUUCAAUCGGUUUUGUGACCUUUUUAAAUAAUUCAAAGACAAAGCCAUAAACCAUAACCCGGCUCCCCAAUGGUCAGUCUUAGGCUAGCAGUAAUUCACAGACUUUUCUGUAAACAUCUCCAAUAAUAAAGAUGUAUUGUGAGCUGUAA